AUGCAAUGUGAUACAGACUCAGCUCUGGAAUAUAUUACAAUAGAACAGAUAUCAGAAUUUCUCUCUAAUCCAGCAUCUCUGAUCGUCAGUCCUGACAGAUCUCAGUUCUUUGAAUAUGAGUCUGUCUCUCUGAGCUGUGAGGUUCAGGGGAACUCUGCUGGAUGGAGAGUGGUGAGGAACACAUCGAGAGGAAACCUUUCAGAUUGUGAUACUGACUGGGGAAAACAACAAGGGUCUUCAUGCAUCGUGUCACUAAAACCAUCAGACAGUGGAGUGUACUGGUGUGAGUCUGGGUCUGGAGAACACAGCAAUGCUGUCAACAUCACAGUACAUGCUGGAGCUGUGAUCCUGGAGAGCCCUGCCCUUCCUGUGACUGAGGGAGAUUCUGUGACUCUGCGCUGCAGAUAUCAGCGAACUCCCUCUGACCUCACAGCUGAUUUCUACAAAGAUGGAUCCCUCAUCAGGGCUGAGACUACAGGAGAGAUGACCAUCCCUGCAGUAUCCAAGUCAGAUGAAGGACUCUACAAGUGUUACAACUCUGAAGGAGAAUCACCAGAGAGCUGGAUGACUGUGACAGAGAAGUCUAGAGGAGCUGAUCCAGUCUACUCUGCAGUGAAGACCUCCAACACCACAGGUACUGUAGUGGAUCUGGUCCAGGUGAUGUGA